GAAAGGGAGAGGAAGUGAGAGAGAAAAAAAGAGAGGUAGACGCACAAGAGAUAUAUAGGGGCGAUCAAAGGCGAUAGACAAGGAUACUGUGGUAGCAAGGAAAAGGACACGGACAGGCGCGUGGAAGGAAGACAGAGAAACGGCGAUCGAGUGGGAGAGAUACGGACUCUCCGUGGGACCGAAUCGGAGAGAAAGAGGACGAGACGGGGUCGUCGGGCGGAGUGAGAGAGACGGAUGAGCGACUCGACAGGGAAAGCGUGACAGACAUAUUCCCGGUGGUAAGUGUGUGAGGCGCGAGGGGAGAGUGCACACGGAGACUCGGCAGGCGCGCGCGCGCGAGAGAGAGAGAAGAGAGAGAAAGAAAGAAAGACGGAGACUGCCGAUACUCUCUGGUGGGAGAGAGGUGCAAUUGUAAUAGAAGGGGGGAUAGAGGCGCAACCCGAGCGGUGCUGCCGCCUAUUGGCAACGUCGCGUCGGCUCCCCACCCGGGCCAGUGUCGAGCGAGGUUCGACAGAGAGUUCUUAUGGCAGUGUGAUUUUCUCUCGAGACGUCGCACGGUGUUGUGAGAGGAUUUCGUCUUGCACACUCGAGUACGUCCGCCGUACUCUCACCGGACGUGCGUGAGGGGAAGAGGGAGAGAAAGAAGGAAACGGGAGCUGAGUCGAUUCCCUCUAAAAAAAAAUAGAAAAAAAAAGGGAAGUGUCCGUGUGCGUUUUCUUUUUAUUUUUCCAUUCUCACUUCGUUGAUUCUCUACACGUACCGUGCACGUACGUUCUCGUGGAUCUUUCCGCUUUCUCGCUUCGGAAUUGAGAGAGACCGUCGUGUAACGUCGCUCUCGAUACGUGCUCUCCCACCACCAUCAUCGAUUUCCCACGCGACGCGCUUACUCGCGCCGCACUGGUGAGGGAAUUCACGAGGGUGAAGUAGGAUUCCUCGGCAAAGAGCAGGCGAGAGAGAUACGGCAACGCCGCCCGUGGGGCAGCAGCGGCGGCGACACCGGUGGUAACAGCCAACGGCGGCGGACGACGCGGUGCUUUACAGAACAGCGGCAGCAGGCGGCGCUGGUGCUGCGCCCCGACGGCCGUCGAUCGAAGCCCGCGUUAUCGCAAUGGCUUCCGUGAAAGACACAGCGACUUUCUUCGCGGAGGGCACCGCGACGCAAUUCGAACACGUUCUCAAACUUUAUCCGCAGGCAUUGCGCCUCAAGGCUGAUCACAAGUCGAAAAAGCCCGAGGAGCUGAUCAAGCUAGACAACUGGUAUCAGAAUGAGCUUCCGAAGAAGAUCAAAUCACGUGGCAAGGAUGCGCAUCUCAAUCACGAGGAACUGGUACAGACGAUGAAAUGGAAGCAAAUACGUGGCAAGUUCUAUCCGCAGUUGUCCUACCUGGUGAAGGUGAACACACCGCGCGCCGUGAUGGCAGAAACGAAGAAGGCGUUUAAGAAGCUCCCGAAUCUCGAGCAAGCGAUCACGGCGCUGUCGAAUCUGAAGGGCGUCGGUACCACGAUGGCGUCGGCCCUGCUCGCCGCCGCGUCGCCGGAGAACGCGCCCUUCAUGGCGGACGAGUGCCUGAUGGCGAUACCGGAGAUCGAGGGUAUCGAUUACACCACUAAGGAAUACUUAAACUUCGUCCAGCACAUUCAGAACACCGUCGAGAGGCUGAACAAACAGACGUCAAACGGCAAGACAUGGAGCCCACACAGAGUCGAGCUGGCGCUAUGGACACACUAUGUGGCGUCCGAACUGAAGCCGGAGCUGCUCGAUGGCAUCCCGGGUUCGACAGAAAAUGGCAAUUCGCACGGUGCCAGUAACGGCGAGGCGACGGAACCAUCGGAUGAUAGCAAUCAAGAGACAGUGGCGAAUGGCAAAGACACGCCGGCGGCGCUCGAUCCAGCGGCGAUCGACGAGAACAGCACGACAACGUCCUUCACUGAGGAUUCGAUGGAUAAACCGGCGACGCCGAUUACUGCCGGCGAUCAUCCCGUUGUAGGCGCCAGCGAGGACACAAAUGAUUCUCUCAUUACAAAUGACAGCAGCAAUAACGCGACGCCACGACCUACCGAUAGCGAGGACACCGAGGAGGACUCGCAGGACGCGCAGGAGCCGCCUACCAAGAAGAGCAAGAAGUGACCCGAUCGGCUCGGUGACGCGACGAGCAACAACGUCAGCACUUUCGUGCCCGCCAGAAGUCUGUCGAUCGUCGCGGCACCGCGUCGUCGAUUCUGAAUCAUCGAACGGAUGAUGGACCGACGGACGUAUGGACGACGGACGGACGGACGGACGGAUAGGUAGUGUAGAGAUGGAUGCACGGACGGACGGACGGACGCGGAUGGAUGGAUGAAUUACUGUAUUGCGCGAUUGCUUGGACGGAGCAUAGCCGCUCGCUUCAUCCUCGGCUCCCGUUGCGGAAGGGAGGGGACGGAAUAAGGAGGAUUCGCGAAAUUCCAGAGAUUCGGAUGGAUUCUGGGAUCCUCGAAUUCUCGAAUCCAUUUCACUCCGCUUCUCUUCCUUUUCGUAUCCUUUUCGCCCGACAUAGUCUCGUUAUGUCUCGUUUCUUUAUGCUCCUCCCGUUCUGGUAGCCAUUUUUAUCGAGUGACCGACGAAUUCGCAUCCUCGUCGAUGUCAAGCAAGAUUAAUACAGCCGCAUCCUCGUCGUCGUUGUUGUUGUUCGGACAAUCUCGCGUGUUCAGCAAUGUCAGCAAGAGUUUUGCACCACCUUUUGAUUAUGGAUCUCCUGUAUAAAAAAGUAUGUUGGAGCGGACGAGGAAACGUGAAAGUAUAUACUCAGUGUUAUUAGAAAUAAAGGACCUUUCACGAAUAUAGUGAAUAAGCCUUUGUAUCCCUGGCACUCUUGACGAGUUUCUAAUUAUCUUCUUUUUUUUCUUUUUUAUUAAUUUCUUCGGUCGACGUAUCACUUUCCGACGCAGAAAAUCUUAACGAUAUUUAAAAUCUUUGAUCUUUUUCGAAUUUACGUUAAGAAUUUCCGAUUUUUAGAAUUUGAGAAAAUCGAACUUUCGAUUUUGAAAUCUUUGAAUCUUUAAACCGGCAAUUUAAAAAAAAAUUAUCUCGACCCGAGAUGGUUUUGCAGACAGUGUUUUCUUUUUGUCAAACCAUUUAUGUUGUCGAAUUGCCGGAUAUCCGAAUACUCAAAUAUCUUCUUCCACGGCUCCUCGAUUACCGCUCUUCAACACAAACACAACUGCCGUUCUACAAACAAGAAGAUGAUGCAAAACCUUGAUACACAUUUCUCAUCGUCUACACAUUUCUAAUCCACCCUUUGCGACGCGUCGUAAAUAACUAACGAGACUCCCUCGUGAUGUUCUAUUUGUUACCGACCGCCGCAACUUUUCGUUGAUAUUUCCAAUCGUCGCGCGUUAUUUUUUUUUUUUAGCUUUUUUUCUCUUCUAGGUCGAUAAUCCGAUGGAUUAACUUCGCAGAGUAAUGUCGCAAGCGAGUGCAAAGCAAUGUUGUAUGUUUACACGUAAAUGGCCACGGAAUUUGCAGAUAGAGGUUGGUAGAAUCGUAACUUGGUACACGAAUAUAUGUGCAAAAGAAAGACAAAGAUAUUUUUUUUUAUUUUUUAUUCAUUCCGAGGCCGCAAGUUAUGGUUCUACACGCAUAAAUAUUCAGUAAAUCAAUAUUUCACGUUCUCUUAUUCUAGACAUUCAGAAAGGUUGGCAACUUUCAGUUCUUUCGAAUAUAUCAGAAUGUUUGACAAUUAAAUAUCCACAUUUUUAAAUUGGAAUUUUCGAAAGAAAUCUACGAAUCACAAUAUCGUAGAUUACUUUCAGGACGCGCGCGUCAUUUUCAGUUAAUCGAUAAUCGAUCAUGCCUUAUCAGUUUCGCGCGACGUGAAUCAAUACACGGUGGAGUUCUCGAAUCAUUCCUUGGGAAGCGACGAUUAUUGUUGCAAAGAGAAAGAAAGGGAAAAAAAGGGAGAGAAAUUGGGUGAAAUGUAUGUGAAUGAGGAGAAGGGGAGGAAGAGAGCAAAGCACUCCGUGAGUAGCGAAAAAAGGCAAAGGAAAUACUGGAUAUAAUGAUAAUAUUAAUAUUAAUAAUAAUAAAUAAUUAUUAUAAUUAUAAUUAUUAUAUAAUACCGAAUCAUUACCAUAAUUUAUAUACCUAAUGAGAAAACUGCAUGUCAGAGUGAUGCAUGGAGCAAACCAAAUACCUUGUAAGUAAAAAAACUUUAGAAAGAAAUAAAAGUAAUGCUUUCAGUCCAUCAAGCUCAGUAAAAUAGCGUCCGGCCUGCGAUAAAACACACUUAUACGCGCGCAUAGUUUUAAGAAUAUUCUAAUUAUUUAAGUACUUAGUAUCUACUCGAAAGUUCAUUUGAAUAUUGAUUAUUACGACAAGCUUUCUCUGAUCUUGAAACUCUAAAUUUUGUUGUUAUAAAUGCUUUAAUGAACGUUUGAACCCCCUAAA